UGCUUCCCAAACACUCGGAAAGGCACAGUCCGCGAACAGUCCUCGUCCGGCUCAGAUCAACCUGGAGGUUCGCGCUUACAGAAGCACUCAAUAGUUUUGUCCAAGUGUUGUCUAUUGCUUUGCAAAGUUCACCGAGUUCAACAAUGAAGGCCUUCGUGUUGGGAUCAGUUCUGCUGGUAGCUUCGGUAUGCUCCGGUUCCUACAUUCCUCACGAUACUCCUGAAGUAGCCGCUGCCAAGGCUGCUCACUUUGCUGCCCACGCUGCCGCCGGUUUUGGUGGAUCUGGUCACUGGGAUCACCACGACGACGUUCAUAUCCAAAAGUGGCACGGACCGAUCCACAUCCCGAAGAUUGUCAAGGGCGUCCCAGUAGAUACCCCUGAAGUUCAGCACGCCAGAGCCUUCCAUGCUGCCGCUCAUGCCAAGGUCGGAGGGUACGGUCACUUCGAUGAUGGUCACUACGACGAGCACCAUCACCAUCAUGAAGGCGGUGCCUGGCACGGACCCAUCCACAUCCCAAAAAUUGUCAAGGGCGUCCCUGUCGACACCCCUGAAGUCCAACAUGCCAAGGCUUUCCACCUGAACGCUCUGGCUAACGCCGGUGCUCACUCCUACGGAGAAGGCUCCUGGGGCGAGCAAGGUUAUGGACAAGAAGAUGAUGGCUCCUACAAGCCCCAUUUGUACGAAGCUGAACAGUACUAAGCAAGCCAUGCCCAACGCCAAAUAAGAGUCCGUUUCACGAAUGCCAAACCUCAUAGGAACAAGCCCACUUGUAAAAUACUCAUCACACCCCGUCCAUGCCUUAUGCCCUAGCGAAUAUUGUAAAGAAGAAGAGACAGCGCAUUUCACCAAAGCAUGUGCACGCGUCGCAACCUUCACACCGCAACUAUUGAGUGCCUCGUAGAAUUGUCACACAGGAAGAAUUCUCCCGCAAAAAUCACCGGCGAAACACCAUCGAAGAAGUCGGUGACAGCCACAAUACCCAUCGAAGUAGGCUGUACCAAAUGAACUGUUUUGUGGGAGUAGCUUCAAACGAACGCUUAAAGAAACGACAGAUCGAUCAAAAGACAUCUUAGAUCCAAGUCUAUCAAACAUUAAUUAGCCUUAAUUAAUUGGUAGUCAUAGAAACACAUCUAGAAAUGAAUGCGUGCGUGAUCGUGUACUUCUUUUUGAAAUGCUACUGUGAAAAGAACUGAAUAAAAUGAGCAAAUGCAAAGCAAAAGAUA